AUGAUCGGAAUCGAGCACAAACCAACUGAAUAUAGAGAUUUUGGCACACAUACCUCAAAUGUGGAAAUUGGGUUCACAAGAUAUUGUGAUACAAUUCCUGAGUUGCAUCAGUCGCCAAUUUCUUUUAAACGGUACUUGCGUAUCACAAAGCCUCAGUUGACCAAACUCUUGGAACCUAAAGAAAUGUGUGGUUAUACGGACGUCUCUGAUUUUUCUGAACAAAUGGAGAGCUGCUCAAAUAUGGAACCCCAAAAGUAUUCCGAUGAAUCGGAAAGUGACGUUUACAGUAACAACGCUACCAUGAACCUCCCGUACACUAUCUCGAGGCAUGUGCAUGACUACUUGAGACCUACCAUCAGCUCAUCUCAUCAAGAUCACCUGGUCACAUAUUCCCUUGAUGAUAGAAAUGGAACCACAAUCUCUGAGAAGAUUACUCUAAAUGAUAACACCGAAGUGACUGAAACCCUCUAUCCUAUUACUGAUAACAGUGCAUUUAUUGAAUAUGAUGAUUGUAAAGAGCCAAUACCGGCUGACAUGUGUAAAAUGCGUUGGAUGGAAUUAUCCUCUGUAGAAUCCAAUGUCGAUACCUUGGAAGAUGCUGAGUCGAUGUGUUAUAGUGAGAAAAUUGUUGAGCCAACUGAGUCGCAAUGCGUCACUAUAGUUGAUGAACCAGAAGAAGGCUCUAUCACUGAGAAAGUAUCUACACCGAACAUUGAAAACAUUGAAGAAAUGAAAUCUGAUAUUCAACUUGAGGCGGUGGAAGAUAAACCGGAGGCUCCGCACCAACCCAAGUAUAGCAAAUGUUUCCUAAGGCUGGUGAGGGCACUACAACCUGAUCUUUAUGAAUACAUUGAAGACCUCCCGGAAGUGAAACAAAUUAUUAAAGCAAACAAUAGGUCCCUAGGAACAACUGUUAGACCACUUCGAAAAUCGCGAUCGGUUGCAAAGACAGAAAGAGAGCAUCUGCAAAGUGAACCGACAGGAGGUUCAACGCCUCGUAAGCAGCACUCCGUUGUAACAAUAAGACCAAGUCUACAGAGAUGCGGGCAUUGUGCUCGAAGCACAAGAAUAACGUCCACUUCAAAAUCUGUGGUACCUAAUCCGAAAUCUAGACUAUAUCAAGUUAAGAAGCGCGCAUUAAGCACCCAAUAA